ACAGUUUUGGGCAGCGAGCUAGCUAGCCACGCACGCAAAUAACACACAAGCAAUAUUGCAUACAUUUUUAUGUGAAAAGCUGCGCUGGAACAAUUAAAGCAAGAUCACAACAUUCUACGGUACUCAACAUGGACGAAGAUAAAGGAGAAACAUGGGGUAUUAUACUACUUUCGCUUGCGAUGUUGAUCGGUUGUUACAUUGCUGGAUCAGUCCCUCUAUCCAUUACGAUGUCGGAGACUAAAACAAGACUGACCACUGUAAUUGGGGCAGGGCUUCUUGUCGGCACAUCAUUGGCUGUUAUCAUCCCAGAAGGAAUACAUUCACUCUUUGCAGAUGCAGCUCCUCAUAGUCACCAUGACGAAGCAAGAGCAGUACUAGUCGGCCCAGAAAACAAAGCAGACGGAGCUCAAGAAGUCAAUCACGAGGCAGCUGUUGACAACGCCCAUACCCACGCCCACUCCUCUGUCGAAGACCUCCACUCAUUGAUUGGUAUAGCAUUGGUAUUCGGUUUUGUUUUUAUGCUGUUGGUGGAUCAAAUAGGCGGUGGCCAUGGGCAUUCACAUUCACAGUUACCGGGUGAACUGGAAGCAACAAGUAGAACAGGAAGGAAGAGCAUAACCGCUACACUAGGUCUGGUGGUACAUGCCGCAGCUGACGGCAUUGCCAUGGGGGCAGCUGCUAGUGCAUCAAGGGCCGAUGUUCAAAUGAUUGUAUUUAUUGCUAUUAUGUUACAUAAGGCACCUGCUGCUUUUGGACUUGUCACAUUCCUUUUACAUGAAAACUAUGAGAGGAAUAGGAUACGAAAACAUCUUCUUAUCUUCUCAUUAGCCGCUCCAGUUAUGGCUAUAUUCACAUAUUUUAGCCUCAGCCAUGCCAGUAAAGAGGCGUUAUUAUCCGUCAAUGCAACAGGCCUAUCCAUGCUGUUCUCAGCAGGAACUUUCCUCUACGUAGCAACAGUACAUGUAUUACCCGAGAUAGCAGCACCUCGACCAUCCACCACCCCUGCCACGGACCCAGAGGGGGCGGUAGACGUCAGGCAAGGCUUCACUUGUGGGGAAUUAACAGCACUUGUACUCGGAUGCCUAGCACCCCUUGUUUUAGCCAUGGGACAUCAUCACUAGCUAAUUCAACUGGGAUUAUUAUUAUUUUUAUAUUAUUCUUUAAUAUUAUUUUUAAAUAGCUUUUUUCAAGUUGAGAGGGGGGAGAGGAGUGAUUCACAAUAAUCGUAUGUACAAUCUAAUAAAAAGGAUGUAAGCUAGCUUUUUAUAAGAUUGCUUUUGCUUACAUCCUUUUCAUACAGGUUUUUUCCCCAGACCAAAUUGUUUCAAAUGCUGGUUGUUAGGGGACAUAGCUCUGUUUUACAAGUGUCAUAAGUACACUAUGUUGACAUCCUGUCCGAAGGGAGGCAGUAUAGCUCAGUCGGUUAGAGCGCAUGUUUUGGAUAAGAUCGUAGAUCUCAACGUGAGGGGUUUGAGUCCCGCUCAUUCCAAAACGCAUUUAACAAAAAAUCCGAUGCUAUAGUGUUGUGUGUAAGCGUGCCUCACCACUGUAUUCAGUGCAGGUGUGAAUGCAGUUGGAAAAACACCCCGUCCAUCGGAAAGGACGCAAAUGUUGGUCCCGUGUAUAGGAGGGUUACAACCUAUGCAAGUAAAAACCAAUACACUAUUCUUCAAAGAGUAGGGUGUUCACCUGGUGCAUUGCACCUGCUGGUCCCAGCAAAAUUCAGGUCAAGUCAAUCUUGACAUUCAUAUGCCAUAAUCAAUAUUAUGAUUGUGGGCAUUAACGGAAAGACAAGACAGAAUAGGAUUAUUCCCAAUACCAGGCAUAUCAUGAGCAUGUCAGUGACUCUAUAUUUUAAUGAUUUUGAACAGUACAAGUUAGUUUUACUAUAAUUUUUAUGCUGUUCUUGGGCUUGAGAUCACCAACAUCAAACUUGAAAUCACUAUAUCCCCAAUCCCUUGAGGAAAUUACAUGCAGAUUGUCAACACAAGCCACAAUGGUUUAAAACACAAUUUGCAUUGAAAAUGGACAAAAAUCAUGUGUUAGAGCAAUAUAGGGGUUGACAUGCAUGUAUAUAACCAGGCAGUGUCGUAAUGGUCGGUCCGAAUUUGCAAAAAUGGCCUUUAAAAAGGCACAAGGCUUGAUAAUAAAAAGUCAGAAAUUUUUGGGGAGUAGCAUAUUUGCGAAUUUGUUAAGAGGGGUCAGUUGACCCACCCCACUCGUAAACUAAGGGUUAAAGCUGAGAAUAUCCUCUUUCAGUAGGGAUAUUUCUGGCAACAUUUUGUGGGUUUUGCCAUGCCUGGUCAUGAAUUCAGCAUUCUGUAGGUCAGUGACUCCAAGACGUUCUGAUCUGUUCAUGUGUAAUAGAAAUGUUUGUUUCACUCCUCCAAACCUUUGUCUGGUCAGAAAAUUUGGAGGUUGAUAUUUCAAAUGAGAAUAGUAUCAAAAUAAGCAUUCUGUAGGUCAGUGACACUGGGAGUUUCCGGCUGAGGGAGGAUGGAGCACAGAAUAGAGUAAAGUGGAGGGAGGGUGAUCUCUGUGAGUGCGAGGUGAAUCCGGUCACCUCUGCAAAGGAUUACGCCAGUUUUAAAACCUGUAUAACCGAUAGUAAUGUGCAAUAUACAUGUACUUUACUUUUAUUUAGCUUUGAAAAAUAACAAUUUAUUUCCUUGAAUACCUUGGGCAAAUUGUCAUGGUGGGGGGUAUUGCUUAUUUCAUGUAAUCAUGAUGAAAUUUAUAUAAUUUUGACUACAGUAUUUUGUUAGCUCUUGAUUUGAAAUCAUAUUUCAGCUCAGCUUUCAUUGUAUCAGUCACAUUCAAACUUUGGUUUUUGUUAUUGGCGAAUUAUGAUGUAUAAUUUAUUUGAAAUAUAAUUACUUGAAAUAUAA